AUGGAAUUGCACGACGCCUCGGACGCCAUGAUGUGUCAGGCCUUUUCUCUCACUUUGGCCGACGUAGCUCGGCUUUGGUUCAAACAGUUAAAACCAAAGUCGAUUAGCUCGUUUACCAAGCUCAGCAACGCUUUCCUCGCCAAUUUUAUUAGUGGGAAGAAGAAGUUGAAGUCAUCCGCGCACCUGAACAACAUAAUUCAAAAAGAGGGAGAGCUACUCAAGGAUUACAUCAAGCGCUUCAAUUUUGAGUCGCUCCAAGUUCGAAAGCACUCGGACAAGACAACUCUCAAUUCCAUCAUGCAAGGUGUAAGUGAUGGGCCAUUUCUUGCAUCUCUGGAAAAGAACCCGCCCGCUACUCUGGCUGAAUUCAUGGCUCGGUCGGAUAAAUAUGCAAAUGCUGAGGAAACUCGAAUCUUACGUAAGGCCGCUCAAAACACAAAAACCAUAGCCAAAGAGCCAGCAAAAAAAGAAGUUGACUUAGUAGUAACAAGCGAAAAGAUGAUCGGUCUUGAGACGAACGAGAUUGAGAGACUUAUCCAAAAGGGCCAUCUCGGCGAGCACAUCGACCCUGGAGCUAGAACCACGGAAGAACGCCCAAAUGACAACUGGCCCACUGAGGAUAUUCGGACUAUUAUCGGUGGCUAUUUGGGUGGAAGUGACUCAAGUAAUGCUCGGAAAAAACAUGCGAGAAAUAUUGGUCGGCAUAAGUCCGAAAUCAUGGUUCUGGCUCGGCCUCCAAAGGAAAGAAAGCUUGAAAAGUACAGUGUAGCAUUCAUCGAGGAAGACGCGAAGGCUAUUCAUCACCCACAUGAUGACGCUUUAGUCGUCACUGUCACUAUCGCAAAUUGCCGAGUCUUCAGAGUUCUUAUUGACACGGGUUCAUCUGCGGACGUUCUGUUUACACAAGCAUUCGACAAGAUGGGCGCCGAACGAUCGGCUCUGAGGCUCGUAAGGACUCCGUUGAUCGGAUUCUCAGGCGGACAGAUUCUUCUCGAAGCAGCAAUUUGCCUCCUGCUCACUGCUGGGGAGGCGCCGAGUCAAACCACCAUUGGAUCGUCCUUGAUUAUGCCAUUAAAAGAAAAGCUAAUAGCCCUGCUGCGCCGGUAUGCUAAUGUCUUCGCGUGGACUCAUGAAGACAUGUUGGGACGAACAAUAGAGGUCUACAUUGACGACAUACUCCUCAAAAGCAUUAAAGCGACCGACCAUAUAACCGAUCUGGAGGAAAUGUUCCUCAUCUUGUGGAGGUAUAAGAUGAAGCUUAACCUGAGCAAAUGUGCAUUUGGCGUGGGCUCAGACAAGUUCCUCAGAUUCUUAGUCAGCCAACGAGGGAUUGAAGCUAACCUGAAAAAGAUUAAAGCUCUGCUCAACAUGGAGUCCCCAAAGACGAUCAAAGAUGUUCAACGGUUGACUGGAAGAGCAGCAGCCCUAAAUCACUUCGUGUCCAGAGCUACCGACAGGUGUCUACCCUUCUUCAAAUAA